AUGCCAACGUGCGACGGCGACCAUAUGCAAGAACACCUCAGCAUCACGCUCGAAGAAGCUCAGGGUGCGAAAGCGGAAGAGGCGGGCAUCGGCGACGGUGAUAUUAGGCCAGCGAGGCUUCAGGACAUCACAGCAGCCAUCGCAGCAGCUUCAAUUACGUCCGAUACCGUCGAACCGGCCAUCUCGCACACCUCAAGCGACCAGACUGCUGUCGCUGCAACCUUCUCCGCGGUCGCAGUACGAACGCCAAGCCCUGACUGCAAGUCGGGAAUGACGACAUCAGAGUCCAUGGGUUGCCUCUGA